AGGAUUUAACACUGCAGACAGGCACAAGCAUCACCUCAACCGGGAAACGACUGGACGACACCUCACACAACCUCUCCAAGCAACAACAAAGUCUGAGCCAUGUGCGGGAUUUUUGCCUACCUGAAUUACCGAGUGCCACGCACCAGAAAGGAGAUAUUUGAGACGCUGGUGAAGGGACUGCUGAGGCUGGAGUACAGAGGGUACGAUUCAGCAGGCAUUGCGGUGGACGGCCCCAACAAGUCGACCACUGACAUCAACGGCAACAAAAUCUGUAUGAUCAAGAAGACCGGGAAGGUCAAGGCUCUGGACGAGGAGCUCUACAAAAAAGACUCACUGGACCUGGACGAGGAGCUGAACACACACUUUGGCAUCGCUCACACCCGAUGGGCGACGCACGGAGAACCCAGCGCUCUCAACUGCCACCCUCAGCGCUCCGACAAAGACAACGAGUUUGUCGUCAUCCACAACGGCAUCAUUACCAACUACAAGGAGCUGAAGAAGUACCUGAUGACCAAAGGAUAUGAGUUUGAGUCAGAGACGGACACAGAAGUGAUCCCAAAGCUGAUCAAAUACGUUUAUGAUGAGCGAGAGAGCAACAGCGUCUCCUUCUCCACCCUGGUAGAGAGGGUCAUCCAACAACUGGAGGGUGCUUUCGCUCUGGUCUUUAAAAGCCGUCAUUUCCCUGGAGAGGCUGUGUCGACCAGGAGAGGAAGUCCGCUGCUCAUUGGUGUGCGAAGCGAGCACAAGCUGUCGACCGAGCAGAUCCCCGUCCAGUACAACAGUGUUCACAAAGGGGGAGUGCAGGAGAAGAACAGCCACAACCGAUCUGGCUGCUCCAGCACGAUCGACUCUGUGGGGGACGGCAGAGCUGUGGAGUAUUACUUUGCAUCUGACGCCAGUGCCAUCAUCGAGCACACCAACAAGGUGUUGUACCUGGAGGACGAUGACAUUGCGGUGGUGAAAGAGGGGAAACUCUCAAUCCUCAGAAUGAAACGGAAGGCCGGAGACGAUCCAGUCCGAGCUAUUCAGACCCUGCAGAUGGAGAUGCAGCAGAUCAUGAAGGGAAAUUUCGAAGCCUUCAUGCAGAAGGAGAUCUUUGAGCAGCCCGAGUCGGUUGUCAACACGAUGAGAGGCCGCAUUUGUUUUGACACUAACACAGUGGUGCUUGGAGGGCUGAAGGACCACCUGAAAGAGAUCAAACGCUGCAGACGGCUGAUCAUGAUCGGUUGUGGCACAAGUUUCCAUGCUGCAGUCGCUACCAGACAGAUCCUGGAGGAGCUGACAGAACUGCCGGUCAUGGUGGAGCUGGCCAGCGAUUUCCUGGACCGCAACACGCCCGUUUUCAGAGACGACGUGUGUUUCUUUAUCAGCCAGUCAGGAGAGACAGCAGACACUUUAAUGGCUCUGCGCUACUGUAAGAGCCGGGGCGCGCUCACAGUGGGGAUUACCAACACGGUGGGCAGCUCCAUCUGCAGAGAGACCGACUGUGGCGUCCACAUCAAUGCCGGGCCUGAGAUCGGAGUGGCCAGCACCAAGGCUUAUACCAGUCAGUUCGUGGCUCUCAUCAUGUUUGCCCUGAUGAUGAGUGAGGACAGAAUCUCCCUUCGGCAGAGAAGACUGGAGAUCAUCAACGACCUCAAGAUGCUUCCCGAACAUAUCAAGAAAGUUUUGUCCCUGGAUGACAAAAUCAAGGACAUUGCCAAUGAGCUGUAUCAGCAGAGGUCCCUUCUCGUUAUGGGCCGAGGGUUCAACUACGCCACCUGCCUCGAGGGGGCGCUGAAAAUUAAGGAGAUCACGUACAUGCACUCGGAGGGCAUCCUGGCGGGAGAGCUGAAACACGGCCCUCUGGCGCUCAUAGAUCGAGAAAUGCCCGUUAUCAUGGUGAUCAUGAGAGAUGCCUGCUACAUUAAGUGCCAGAAUGCUCUUCAACAAGUCACUGCCAGAUCAGGCCGACCCAUCAUCAUCUGCAGCCAGGAUGACGACGAGGUGACCAAGAACGCCUACCAGAGCGUCGCGCUGCCCCACAUUGUGGACUGUCUGCAGGGCAUCCUCAGCGUCAUUCCUCUGCAGCUGCUGUCGUUCCACUUGGCCGUGCUGCGAGGAUAUGAUGUUGAUUGUCCCAGAAACUUGGCCAAAUCUGUGACAGUGGAAUAAUUACAGUUCCCAAAGCCCAGGAGACGAGAGGAGAGGAGAGGAGAGGAGAGGAGAGGAGAGGAGAGGAGAGGAGAGGCUUCAAGAGAUUUACAGUGCAAUUGUGCAAUCAAAUAUUUGAUGCGUGUGUGCGAGUGUAUAUAGUGAUGUGUGUGUGUGCGUGUGAGUGUGUGUCAGGCCGUGGGGCUGAAAUUGUAUGUACGGAUGCCUUUUGAGAGUUGAGGUGAGAGGCAAACAGCAGAAAAAAACAUGUAUAGACUACAAUGAACUGUUAAAGAGAGAGAAAAUGUGAAAUGGGACCAGUACACUGCUGAGAAUAGGCCACUGGCAUUUUGGCCAUGUGGAGCAAUCUAUGAAAACACAGUUCAUGCAGCCAAAGUAACCUACUGUGCCUUCUUUUUAUAACAAGUUGAGCCAAAAAUAUGUUUUAGUCUUAACAGUGAAGCAUCAAAACGGCAGAAUGAAGUGUUUACAGUUGUGCAAUAUUAGGACCAAGCGUACACUAUGAAUGUACACUAUCAUGAGGUGAUCAUCUCUCCUUUUUUUAGGGAUCCUAAAUGUUCAUGGGGGCUUCUCACCUCACCACCCCUGGAGAAAAUGUAGGAAUAAUAAUUUUCACAGACUUCGAUAACAGGCUUAUGAAGAGCCUAAUUUCAUAUAUUUCACUGUAAUCACUGUGCCUGGUGGUGGGCCAGUAAUCCAUAGCUUUAAUAAUCAUUUUAUACUGUUGUUCCAUUUUAAUUUAAUACAUUUCCAAAGUCAGUUUGUGGUAGCACAGGGAAGGGUUUUUGCUUUUUUUCCCUCCAGACCUUCUAUACUUGUUGUCAUUAAAUUGAGCAUUUAUUUAAAGAACAAUCAUGCAGCAAAAAAAUUGUCAUCACCUCUAGUAAUUGAAUUUUAUCAACCAUUGGUAUGGGUUUAUAAUAAAUAUAUUAUUCUAUAUUUAACUGUUUUUUGUAAGAGAUGAUAUGGUUUUUAUCUUCAUUGAUAAUUAGAUUUUAUAUUUUCAUGUAUACAUAAACGGGCACUAUCAAUCAAUAAACAAAACUUCCUAU